AUAGCCAUUAGAGGUCUCGUUCAAGUGUGCCUGUCCUCGUUUCAUGCGCCGUUUUUUCUAUUAAUUUCUGGAUUUGUAGCGCUAGCUGCAUACUUAACGUAUGAGUUUUGCAAACAUUUGCAUAUUUUUAACAAAGGCAGAUGUAGUGUACAUCGUAUUCAGUGACAUAAGAAAAUAUUUGUCUCUGGAUUUGCACUGUUGCAGCCUACAAAAAGAUGCCAAAGGGUGCAGCUGAAACCAUAAGUCACCCGUACUGGCCUCGGGACCUGUCCAUCCCAAACUACAUCCCGAAUGACAGAUCCAUGUCUGAGAUUCUCACGUUCCUAUUCUCUGCAUCUGGGCUGUUAAUGCUGGUAGCCUGGGCUCUGACCGGGCAGAGGGUGUCUGGAUGCCAUUUGAGCACCUGGAGAAGGUUAGCCUUGUGCUGGUUCACUGUGUGUGGAUUCAUCCAUGGUCUCAUUGAGGGCUGGUUCUCUCUCUACUACACCAUCAUUCCAGCAGACCAGAGCUUCCUUUCCCAACUCUGGAAAGAAUAUGCAAAAGGCGACAGCAGAUAUGUUAUUGCAGAUAAUUUCACUGUGUGCAUGGAGACAGUGACGGCAUGUCUAUGGGGGCCUUUCAGUCUCUGGGUUGUUGCAGCCUUCUUGUACAAUCGUCCCUACAGAUUUGUCCUACAGCUAAUCGUAUCUCUAGGGCAACUGUAUGGGGCAGUCCUGUACUUCUACACUGAACACAGAGAUGGCUACAUCCACAGCGAGUACAACCACCCUGUUUAUUUCUGGUUUUACUUUGUCUUCAUGAAUGUUUUAUGGAUUGUGAUUCCUUUCCUUCUUAUUGUGGACUCAUGGUGUCAGUUAUCUUUCACUCAGGCUUUGUCGGACAAACAACACACAAACACAAGUUCAAGUAGAAAAGAGAUUAUAUUUUAAAAAGACAUAGGAACUAAUAAUUUUGCAUUGUUGUAGGUAAUAUUUGGAGAUCAUCAGUUAAUAUUCUAAUUUGUUAAUAUUCAAGCCAGUCUUGAUGAUGAUGAUGAUGAUGAUGAUAUCGUAUAUAAUAUAAUACAAUAUCACAAAGCGUUUUUAUAUUGAGAUUAAAAUUAAAAUUUUAUAAUACCUGUGCUGUACUGUGGUGUCUACAGAAACUGCGGCCCGCAGUCAACUUUUGUGAGAGUUUUAGUUUACAGAAUCAUAUCUUUGGCGCUUUGCUGGAGGAAAAGUGCAGAGCUUGAACUGAAUAACGAUGUCCGAGACUUACAAGGGCCCUGUUGGAGAGAGCCAAUUACAAGAUGAACUUUGUUAAUUCGGAAACAUGCAAAGUCAAAAGGCUUGCAGCUUUAUGAACUCUGAACAGAAAAUAAAUGCACAUAUGUCAAUCAAGUGUCUUGUGCACACAAAUUGCAACAAGUAUACACUAAUUAUGUGGAAAGUAAAUAUAGGGUCUAGACAACUAGAGGUGUGGUGUUAAACUGCGAAUCUGUAGCCGAAAUAGCUCAGUUGGGAGAGCGUUAGACUGAAGAUCUAAAGGUCCCUGGUUCGAUCCCGGGUUUCGGCAUUUUUUCCAAUGCAGAUGUAAAAAUGCUAAAGAAAUGGUGUUUUUACAAAUUCAUUUCCCACAUUAUUUAAGACAUAACUUAAA